AGCACUUAGUCUGUCUUUUCUAACUGGAUAUACUCUAUGGUAGUUGUCGCCCUUUCUUAAAGGAAGGGGCAAAAAUAAUUUUACCUUCGGUAUAUCCUUUUUUAUCUACUAUUUAUACAAUUUUAACAAUUAUCGUAUGCAAAUAAAUCAAUAAUAAUGCUGGUGCUUGUUUUGGGUGAUUUACACAUACCUCACAGAUGCAGUAGUCUACCAGGUAAGUUCAAGAAACUAUUAGCUCCAGGUAGGAUCCAGCACAUACUCUGCACUGGUAAUUUGUGCACCAAAGAGUCCUACGACUACCUGAAGACUUUGGCAAGUGAUGUUCACGUUGUACGAGGCGAUUUUGAUGAUAAUCUAAACUACCCAGAACAGAAGGUGGUAACCGUGGGCCAAUUCCGUAUCGGUCUAUCUCACGGGCACCAAGUGGUACCUUGGGGUGACCCAGAAUCCCUAGCCUUAAUACAGAGACAGCUCGACGUCGAUAUUUUAAUAUCAGGCCAUACACACAAGUUUGAGGCGUACGAGCAUGAAAAUAAGUUCUACAUAAAUCCUGGCUCUGCAACUGGGGCAUAUAAUGCUCUGGAUACGAUUAUUACACCUUCGUUUGUUCUGAUGGAUAUACAAAAUGCAACUGUUGUUACGUACGUGUAUCAACUGGUUGGAGACGAAGUGAAAGUUGAAAGAAUUGAAUACAAGAAGAAUUAAAUAUAGCUUUACUCAUUUUUUUUAUAAUAUACUAUGUCAGCACAUUAUAAAAGUAAUAAGGAUUGUUGAUAAACAAUCCUGUAAUGUGUCUAUAUAUUUGUAUAUAAAUUAUUAAAUUUAUAUGUUAAGUG